AUUGCAGGUUCAGUUGGCUCAAUGGCUGCGGCUGCUGCCGCGUGCGUGGCCUCGCGUCAGUAGAGGCUGCUAGGACGCCUGGCGUGCAGGCUGGCGCGGGGCUGAGUUUGUGUGCGCCUCCCCCGAUGAGGCGCGACACCCCGUGAUGGCCAGGAAGAGCACCGGCCGCAAGCGAGAGCGGGGGGACCACUCCGUGGAGCCAAACAAGCGCGAGCAUUCUGACACCACCGACGAGCGCGUCAUGGAGCCCGCGUUGCGCCUUGAGGACAUGCAUGAGGUGGAGGAGCUGACGGACGCGGCGUCGGGCGGGCUGGCCUUCCCGGCGGGCGUCAUCAAGAUGCUGGACAUCAUGCACACCGUGCAGCUCGACGCCGACGCCGGCGCGCAUGCCACAGAGCAGGUCCUCACCAAGAGGGCCCUGCUGGCCAAGAUUGUGGCGUCCACAUCGCGCGCCGACUGCGCGGCGCUCUUCCUCCGCGAGGGCGGCCUGGCCCAGCUGCAGGCCUGGCUGGGCGAGGCCAUGGACGCCGCCGCCGAAUUCGCCGACGACCCCUCCGUGCGCGCGCACGUGGAGCGCCUCCUCAUCGCGCUGCUCAUCGCAGUCGAGCGCCUGCGGGAGCAGGCGGAGCGGCUGCAGGAGGGCACGAUGGGGCUGGUGGCGGCGCUGGCCUCGCCGGAGGCGCAGUUCUCGGACCAGGUGAAGCUGCGCGCGCGCCGCCUGGGCAGCAGCUGGGGGGCAGACGGGCGGCGGCGCAGCGGCGGAGGAGGGGGUGUGUGGGACGGCGCGGGGGAGAGCAGCACGAGCGGGGCGGAGGUGGCGGUGGAGAGCAAGGGGGACACGAGCCCCAGCACCAGCGCGGAGCGCGACGAGAGCGCGGACACCGUGUCGAGCAGGGCCGGCAGCCGCGCAGCAGCGGGGGUAGGCGCGGCGGGGCAGCGGGACGGGAAAGGGAGCGCGGGGGAGGGGCGGGGGGGCCGGGAUGCGGGGGUGGAGGAGGCGGCCGGGAUCAUGCGGCUGAAUAUGAACAGCCCGGUGGCGGGCGCGCCUCUGCCGCCCAGCUUUGGCGGCGCGCCCGAGGAGGGCUGCCCCCGCGGCGGCAACGAGGGGCAGGAGCCAGAGCGCAGCAAGUACGCCAAGAUUGACACCGCCGCCGGCAGCAUGCCAGGGGGCCUCCCAGGAGGGGCGCCGCACUGGGGGCCACAGCCACACGAGGGGGGUCCGCGCCUGCGGCGGGGAAGGUGGGGGACGGGCAGGCAGGCGCGGGGCAGCAGCGACGCAGGGGCAACAGCGGAGCUGGCGGGAAGCUUGGCGGCGCUGCGGGUGUGUGGGAAUGCAGGCGGGAAGGGUAUGCUUGACGAGGGAGCGUCUCGCGGAGAGAGGCGGCACGAGGGGCUGCACAGGCAGGAGCUGCCAAAGGAGGCGAGCGGGGGGGGAGCGGGGGCGCGAGCUUGCAGCAAGGGGGGACGGAUUGGGGCGUCGGCAAUGCGAGACAUGACCAUAGGCGAGGACCUACAGCUGGCAGGCACGUUGAACCGCAUGGAUAACGACACGGCAAGAUCGGCAAAUGCAUAACAAGCAGUUGUGUUGGACGGACGGGGAAAGCAGCGACGGUAAUGUAUAGUGUGUCCACUAGUGAAAUACCCGCGUCCCUUUGAGCAUCCGGUCAAAGGAGGCUCUAGCUGUUACCCUCUUCAAAACGAAGUUGUAAAUGCUGCCCUGUUUUAAGGAUGUUAAUCGGCCUAUGGUUCAACUCCUAUGACACUAAUGCAGACAUAUUCAAGCUUUCCUUGAGGGCUCAAGGAUGCUCACUGGCUUCUCGUGGCUUUCAUUGCUUCAGAGUACGUUCACAUAAAUUGAGGCAUGUCAAAAG